AUGAUAAAAUUCAAUGUGUGAAAUCUUGAAACUUUCUCAUUGAGGUUCUUUUGCUCUCUAACUAAAUCUUUGGCCAUAACUUUAACAGAACUGAUUUGAUUUUGUUUAACGAGUUUUUUGAUUUCUGCAAUCAAUUUUUUUUCUUCGAGCUGAAGACGGGACUGUUCACGAUCAAGCUCUCGCUGAGCUUUUUUUAAACCUCUGCGGUGAACUCUAAAUUGUUCUUUGGGGGAAAGCUUGAAGUUUUUAGCUCCAUUUAUUCGUGAUAAAAUGGAAUUUUGAGGUAUAUUAGCAUAUGGUCAGUGUGCUUAA